UGUGUGUGUGUGUGUGUGCGUGUGUGUGUGUGUGUGUAUGUUUGCCUGUCACGUAUAAAUUAUGCGUGACAUGUUUAGCAGUGCUGCCUUUUAUGGCAAGUGGUGUGUCUCAGUACAGUAGGGUCUUGCCAAAAGAGAGAGAGAUAGAGAGAGAGAGAGAGAAAGAGAGAGAAGGGGAGAGGGAGAGUGAGUGUGAGAGCGGGACAGACGAAGUGUGUGAGCUUGCGUGUGUGUGAGAGUGAGAAGGAAAAAAGAAAAGCAUCAAGGUUUUCACUUUCCAUGCGGAGGCAGCCCGUAGAGUCUACGCUAAAGCUGAGCUGGCACAGACAGAAGUGCCUUUCCUGACGUGGCUGCUGCUGCUUGGACCUGCUUGUCGUAGGGCGGCCUCCCCUUCCUGCCUCGCCUGCUUCUUCCUUUUUUUUCUCCUUCUUUUUUUUUCCCUCUCAGCCGCCUGGCGGUACGAGGACGGCCUUCACCGCCACUCACCGAUUGCCAAUCGCCAAGCGCCAGUCGCAACCUGGUUGCCACUAGCAACGCCCUCUGACCCCCAACAGCUCCUCUUCUCUACAGCUUGGCUCGAGCCAGCGCCGUUCCUCAUGCUGCUUCCUGUUUGAUAGAGGGAUAGAGUGAUAUAAAGAGAGAGAGAGAAAGAGGGAGAGAGAGAGGGAGAAAGCUCAGCCCAGCACACUGUGGGUGAGAGGAGAUCGCAGUUGUCUCCACCCCUCUCUGGCUGGGAAGAUCCGAUCAAUAAUGACUUUCAACAUCAGUCUGCUCUGACAGGUCAACUGAGGAGGGAGAGAGAGAGAGAGAGAGAGAGAGAGAGUGAGAAAGAGUACAAAGAGAGCGAGAGAGUUUAAAAUAGAAAACAAGAGGGGAGAGGAAAAGAGAGAAAGAGAGAGCAAGCUUGGCUCCUCUUUCCAAGGGGACUGGACGGGUCGCUGGAAGAACCGCCUCGGCUUCAAGCCCAGGAUGGGCCAGUGAUCUUGGGCAACAAUCAGGCCGAGAAAGCCUUACUGCUCAACUACAAGAAGCAACACGUCAAGACUGCUCUGAAGUGUCUGUUUUUUACUUAAUAACGAAAGACGACAAACAUUUCAGUGCCAUUAAAACACUCAGAAAAAAAAACAGACACACACACACACUCUUGCUGAGACGUCACAUAUUGCCUGGAGCCCUCUCUGCUUUUAACCGUUCACCCUCAUUCAUUCGAUUCAACCCCCCUGACCGACCCGCCCUCGUUUUCCCAAUGAUGGCGGUGAAUGUGACGCCCAUGCGCGACACCAAAUGGCUGACGCUGGAGGUGUGCCGUGAGUUCCAGCGGGGCACGUGCUCGCGGCCCGACAGCGAGUGCAAAUUUGCCCACCCAGCCAAGAGUUGCCAGGUGGAGAAUGGCCGGGUCAUCGCCUGCUUCGACUCGCUCAAAGGCCGAUGCUCCAGAGAAAACUGCAAGUACCUGCACCCUCCCCCUCACCUGAAGACGCAGCUGGAGAUCAACGGCAGGAACAACCUGAUCCAGCAGAAGAACAUGGCCAUGCUGGCCCAGCAGAUGCAGCUGGCCAACGCCAUGAUGCCCGGCACACAACUUCAGCCUAUGCCCAUGUUUUCAAUGACGCCGAGCAUGGCCACCAACGCCUCAGCUGCAUUUAACCCGUACCUAGGCCCUGUGUCGCCUGGCCUCAUGCAGACGGAGAUCAUGCCCAACGGACCCGUCCUGGUGACCAGCAAUUCCAACGUCCCCGUGCCAGCUGCCGCUGCCGCCGCUGCUGCCCAGAAACUCAUGAGGACAGACCGACUAGAGGUAUGUCGAGAGUACCAGCGGGGCAACUGCACGCGGGGUGAAAACGACUGCCGCUUCGCACACCCCUCCGACAGCACCAUGAUCGACACCAACGACAACACCGUCACCGUCUGCAUGGACUACAUCAAGGGCCGCUGCACCCGCGACAAGUGCAAGUACUUCCACCCGCCCCCACACCUGCAAGCCAAGAUCAAGGCUGCCCAGCACCAGGUCAACCAGGCCGCAGCAGCUGCCGCCAUGACUCAGUCGGCUGUCAAAUCACUGAAGCGACCCCUCGAGGCAACCUUUGACCUGGGACUCCCGCCUGUCUUGCCUCCAUUACCAAAGAGACCCGCACUUGAAAAAACCAAUGGUGCCACUGCCAUGUUUAACGCUGGCAUGUUCCAGUACCAACAGGCUCUCGCCAACAUGCAGUUCCAGCAGCAGGCCGCCUUCAUACCAUCAGGCUCAAUAUUGUGCAUGGCACCUGCAACAAGUGUUGUUCCCAUGAUGCACGGUGCUUCGCCCGCCACUGUGUCUGCAGCCAACUCAUCCGCCACAAGUGUUCCCUUCGCCACCGCCACAGCCAAUCAGAUUCCUAUUAUAUCUGCGGAGCAUCUGGCUAGUCACAAAUACAUGACUCAGAUGUACCAUCCUGAGCAACCGUGUCGGAGUGAACUGGUGUGCCACCAUCUAGAGAUCACCACCAUGAAUGCAUAG